AGUGACACAAGGGUUGGAAGUGAGGAACUGGGCACAGGAGGGCUGGGGCCUGUGGGGGUGGCACUGGGGAUGGCAGAGGGACAGUGGGGAUAUGGGGGGUUUCUGAGGGGACUUGGUGAGGACAGUGUGAUGCUGGAAGUAGCAGAGCAGCACAUGGGGGUGUCCCCAGGGUGGCUGAGGGUGAUGGGGCUUUGGGAUCUCCCAAGGGUGCUAGUGGUGUUCCCAGUGUCCCUGUGCCAUGCGGCCCUGCCUGCUGAUUGCCCUGGCCCUGUUGGGCACAGUUCCUGUCAGCUGCUCUGUGGAGGACGAGGAGGAUGUGACAGAGCUGGAGAUGCCCAAAGAGUACAGCGGGUGCCUGGGGGCCAGAGACAAGCAGGCACUCGGUGUCCCCAUCAUGCCGGGCACCGCCACCUGCCGCUACGUCGUCAUCUCCCAUUCCCGAAGCUUCCGCCGUGCGCAGCACAUCUGUGCCCGGCGCUUCCACGGGCACUUGGCCUCGAUCCACGAUUCCCGCACCAACAGCUUCCUGCUGCUCCUGGCGCGCCAGCGCUCCAUUGCUGGCGAGGUCUGGAUCGGUGCCGUCAGCCAGCCCGCUACCCCAAUCCCGAGCUGCCACUGGACUGACCGGAGCCCCUGGAACUACAGCCGGUGGAUUCCCGGGCACCCCCUGCCCGGCCACCGCUUCUGCACCGCCGUCUGCACCAACGAUGGGCUCUGGAGGAGCGUGCACUGCAAGAAGAGGCUGCCCUUCAUCUGUGAGAUAUGAGGGGCUCAGCCCCCCUGGAUGCCCCCAGGCCUUCCCCACCUCUGCUCCCCCCCGGGGGGCUGCACCCCCUCCCUUGGAGUACAAUAAAGUCUUGCUGUCGGCACCCACUCGGUGUUUGGGCAGGGCCAGGGGCCCGGGCUGGUUGCACCCAGGG